AUGGUUAGAUUAACGAGAAGUAAAGCAGCAAUGAAUUAUGGCCAAACUAUUAAAGAAGAAGACGAUUCUUCUAGAUCGGUAAUCAAGGGAAAAAGAUCAAGGAAAAAAAUUAUAGAAUCAACAAAGGAAGUUGACAACAAACCAAAGACUUUACAAGACAAAUUAUUAGAUAUAUGGAAAGUAAUACGCUUUCACAAAGACGGAAGAGAUGAAGAUGAUUUUGUGAAUGAUAUGGAUUUAAUGUUUAAUAACGCCAAGAGAUAUAAUGUAGAAGGAUCACAGAUUUAUGAUGACGCUGUAACCUUAUCGAAACUAGUAUAUAAACUUAUUGGUGGUAAAUUUGAAAACGAAGAAAAUCAAACUUACAAAAUUUUACAAGAGAUAGAAUAUAAGGGAGAAACUUAUUUUGUUGAAAAUCAUGAAUAUAGAGAUGAAGAUGAUUUUGUGAAUGAUAUGGAUUUAAUGUUUAAUAACGCCAAGAGAUAUAAUGUAGAAGGAUCACAGAUUUAUGAUGACGCUGUAACCUUAUCGAAACUAGUAUAUAAACUUAUUGGUGGUAAAUUUGAAAACGAAGAAAAUCAAACUUACAAAAUUUUACAAGAGAUAGAAUAUAAGGGAGAAACUUAUUUUGUUGGUGAAUAUGUCCAUAUUUAUAAUGAAUAUGAUAAUGAAAAACCACAUAUUGUUCAUAUUUAUAAACUGUGGGAAAAUAACAAGUAA